AUGUGUCCACUCAUGCUUUCUUCUAAUUUUCAGGAGGGAGUGACAGAUCCUCCGAGCAUAUCGUCGAUAAGCAGAUUACUGCGAGGAAACGGUCGCGGUGGCGGCGGUGCAGGCGGCAGGGACGAUCCCGAGGGCAAAAAAGAUUACACAAUCAAUGGAAUACUAGGUGUAGCCAACUACAAGGUUUCCAGGACGCAUAGUAUGGGUGAAAUCUAUAAUUAUAAAUUAGAGAUUGCUGACUUUGAUAUGAAUUGCUGGAGAUUGCUCAUUUUGUUGUAA